GGCAAUUUCAAGUCUUUAUAUAAUGAAAGAGAAGAAAGUCACACUUCCGUCGAGCAGCCAAUAUAUGCCUCAUUCUGCAGCAGGUAAUCUAAGAUAGAUGUAACAGAAGCAAUAUUAAGAAUUAGCAGAUAUGCUGCGUGUAGUGGAAGGCAUCUUCAUUUUUGUUGUAAUUAGUGAGUUAGUAUUUGGGGUUUUGGGGAAUGGAUUUAUUGGACUUGUAAACUGCAUUGACUGUGCCAAGAAUAAGUUAUCUACGAUUGGCUUUAUUCUCACCGGCUUAGCUAUUUCAAGAAUUUUUCUGAUAUGGAUAAUAAUUACAGAUGGAUUUAUACAGAUAUUCUCUCCAGAUAUAUAUGCCUCCGGUAACCUAAUUGAAUAUAUUAGUUACUUUUGGGUAAUUGGUAAUCAAUCAAGUAUGUGGUUUGCCACCAGCCUCAGCAUCUUCUAUUUCCUGAAGAUAGCAAAUUUUUCCAACUACAUAUUUCUCUGGUUGAAGAGCAGAACAAAUAUGGUUCUUCCCUUCAUGAUAGUAUUCUUACUUAUUUCAUCGUUACUUAAUUUUGCACACAUUGCGAAGAUUCUUAAUGAUUAUAAAAUGAAGAAUGACACAGUCUGGGAUCUCAACAUGUAUAAAAGUGAAUACUUUAUUAAACAGAUUUUGCUAAAUCUGGGAGUCAUUUUCUUCUUUACACUAUCCCUAAUUACAUGUGUUUUUUUAAUCAUUUCCCUUUGGAGACACAACAGGCAGAUGCAAUCGAAUGUGACAGGAUUGAGAGACUCCAACACAGAAGCUCAUGUGAAGGCAAUGAAAGUUUUGAUAUCUUUCGUCAUCCUCUUUAUCUUGUAUUUUAUAGGCAUGGCCAUAGAAAUAUCAUGUUUUACUGUGCGAGAAAACAAACUACUGCUUAUGUUUGGAAUGACAACCACAGCCAUCUAUCCCUGGGGUCACUCAUUUAUCUUAAUUCUAGGAAACAGCAAGCUAAAGCAAGCCUCUUUGAGGGUACUGCAGCAAUUGAAGUGCUGUGAGAAAAGGAAAAAUCUCAGAGUCACAUAGACACCUUGGGAAGAAAUGGAUGUUCCACGAAAAGAAUCCAGUGAAUAAAUCCUUGAAGAUCUGUUUCAUUGCAGAAGAUCUGCAUUCUUGCAUUGUCUUUUUAACUGUGUCAUUAAAGAUCACUGAAAUCUUCCAUAACUGUUUUGACUAUGUUUCAGGGAAUCUCAGUCUUUGAGGAGAUUUUAAUCUCACAUGCAAAUUCAGUGGCUUAGUCAGCUUCCCCACCCUGCAACUUCUUCCUACAAACUUCCUAGAGGAAAGCCAUCAGCCUGGAGACUAUUCGCUGUAAAGAUUAUAACAGUGAGAAUAAGCUCUAAAAUAAAACUUCUUGUUGUGCUUUACCUGACUUUUCUGAAGCAAGGACACCCAUUCUCCCAGAAAACCCAAAGAAAAAAAGGAAAGAAAGAAAAGUAGAUCAAUCUUGACAUUUAGAACAUGGAAGUGAGGAUAGAUGGUGGUACUUCUUUACAGAAUGCUAUUUUAAUUAUUUAAAGGUUUUCUUUUCAUUUUUUAAAAUCUAACAUCCUUUUUUACUGGUGUAUGAUGUGUAGCAAGUAGUCAGAGGAAUAGAUGUAGUUCUGUGAAAUAUAGCUAGGGAAACAAGGGUCUAGUUGAGGGAUAUGGGAUCAAAACACUGAUGAAAUAAAUAUGCUCUUCAAAAUCAGUGAUUUGAGAUAAGGCAGGUUAUGAACCAAUUAAAGUUGAGUAAAGAUUUUUCUAGAAGCAUCGAUCCAAAGGCUGCAAGAUUCAACACAGUCCCUGAUCAAAGGACACAAGAUGAACACAGGAUAGAAUCUGUGUGAAAUAUGAAAUGUUCUAUCUUCGGGCUUCAUACACACACACACAUGAACAUGCACACACAUACAUUCGUAUACACAAACUUGCACUCACAGAAACGUUUCAAAUUUUCAGUUUUAAAGUUAAUUUUUAUGUCCAACCCAGGUUAUAAACUCAGUGACUUAUUUUGGCAUCUUCCGAAAGUGCCUUGAUCUCAUACUUAUGGCCUAAUGAGUGGAAUAUUUCCAAAUAUAAGGACUUAAUUAAUUUUCUUUGUCAGGUUUCCAAAUCAAUAUUUUUAUAUUUUUAAACUAUUGUGUUUAGAAUGUACAGAUAGUUAAGAGAUAACAGAAAAAAAAACCUAAUGCUGCUGCCUAUUUCAACCAAAUAUACCAGGUUGGCUCAUUUGAAAUUAUAUUGUAUAAAGAACUAUGUUCUCUGUAUAGAUUAUGUUGAUUAUGUAGAAUUUAUUCAUUUUCCCAUGUUUUCAAAAAUUAUUUGUAAUAAUCUUUUUAAGGGGUACAUAAUAACUCCCCUUGCAAAUAUACAAUAAUAUACUUAGUGUUUAUCAUAUCAUUUACGUUUAAGUUGUCUUCAGUUUUCCACUGUUAGAAAUAAACAUAAUAUGAGUAUUAUAGAGCGUGAAUACUAUUCAUUCAUACGAAUACUAUUUGAAUGCUAACUUGGCUAGGUAUUGAGGAUAUAGUAGUGAACAACAUACCAAUAUAAUGGAUAAUAUAUUCUAAUAGAAAACAAAUGAAUAGCUAGCUAACUUAAACAAUUAUAUUUAUGAUAUUGGGAGAGAAAAACUAUAGGAUGCUGACCUGACCUGGUCAUGAGAAUGGACAAGAUGUCACUGUGGUUAAGAUGGUUUAAUUUGAUAUCUUAAUAAUGUGUAGGAGUACGGUGGACAAACGAGGAGAAAUUUGGGGUGGGAAACCAUCAUGUCAAGGCCUUGAAGCAAGAAGGAGUAGAAGAGGGUAGUCCAGAAACUAAAGGUCCAGUAUGACUAAUAUAUAGAGACAGUAGUAUGUAAAUUAUUUUUAAGGAAAAUUCCAAUGGGGAGAAACUUGAUAAAUUCCUUGCAGAAUUGAUAAAUUGCUCUGUAGAUAUAGUAAACCUAUAUGUUAAUAGUGAAAAAAUAUCCAUCCUGUUGCAGUCUCAAAAUCAAACAGGUUAUUAUUUUUAAUGUCACUACUUUGAUUGCAAAAAUAUCUUUAUUUCACAUAUAUUUGAUUACUAGUGAAGUUAAGCAUUAUUACAGGAUUAACCAAUAGCAUAUACUUUUUGGGAAUUGUUCAUUUGUUUUCUCCUUAUUUUUUCAUGUCUUAUAGUUUUUCUUACCAAUUUUGUGACUACUUUACACAUUAACACUAUGCCAUAUAUGUGUUAUGAUUUUUUCUUAAUUUGCUGUUUAGUAAGUAACUAGUUUGUAAUGUUUGGGGCAAUAGGUGGGUAAUUUACAUGAUCUCAUAUUGAUUUAUGUUUUCUUCUGCUAUUUUUGCCAAUAUUAGCUUAUUUUUACUGAUACCUGUUCCUUUCAUCAAAAGCUCCAUUUUGUACUAUAAAAUACAGUUUCAUCUAAAAUUAGCAAACACAAAAAUAUAUAAAGAAGAAAUUGAUUAUGCACAUUUGCAGUACUCAACUAACCAUUGUUAACAUGUUUCUACAUACGUUGUAAAAUACAUCUCAACAUAGAUAGAUGACAGAUAAUAAGCAUGUUACUUAAAAAAUCUGUUUUGAUUAGAUUUAUACAUAAACUGGAUGUCUAGGUUCUUUAUCUGUAGAUAUUGAGAUUAUAGAUAAUUUUUAUUUUCUUGUAGUAUUAUGUAAUUUUCUAUGCAAUAAUUUAUGUCAUAUGAAAAAUAUAAUUAAAUAAAAGAUGAG